AGAGGAACUGCUCUUUGUGUGACAUAACUGCACCUUUGCAUCCGAAAUAAACACGCGAUUAGACGUAUUGCGUAUUGGCAGAAAAAAAAUAGAACAAAAAAGUGCGAAAAUAUAAGGCGACUGCUAGUUUGCUUUAAUCAUUGUCGAUCAAUCCUGAUCACCAGCACGAUGGCGAUGAUUUCGCGUUUCUUGAGACCGGCCGCACGUGAUCGCUUUUGAGGUUAGGCGACCGCGACGCAGUGAAGCUACGACGAGAAAGUUGCGCGCGAAUGAGAUUUAAAAAAUUGAAAAAUAUAUUUUUCUUUCCUCGAGAUGGAAGUCAGCGUGGGCGAUGUAGUGAUGCCGGGCGACAGUUUAAACAACAUCGGGCCGGUCCAGAAGAAACGAGGAAACGAGAGGGAGAUCGUGAUCCUAGGUCCCGGACUCCGUCGCGAGGGUGAUGCCGUGCUCGUCUGCAAGGCAGGUGUCUUGCGAAAACGCGAGCCGUCUGUUUACUACGUAGACAGUUACCAAAAACGAUACAUUCCCAAUCGGGGCGAGAACGUGGUUGGCAUAGUGACGCAGAAGACCGGUGACAUUUACAAGGUGGACAUCGGGGGCAGCGAACAGGCGACGCUAUCUUAUUUAGCUUUCGAGGGUGCCACGAAGAAGAACCGGCCUGAUGUGCACAUCGGUGAUCUGGUGUAUGCCAAACUACUGGUUGCCAGUAAAGAUAUGGAGCCAGAAUUGGUAUGUGUGGACUCACAGGGCAAGGAGAACGACCUGGGUAUGCUGAGUUCGGACGGUAUGAUGUUCACCUGCUCGCUCAGCCUCGUGAGGAAGCUACUCAAUCCAGAGUGUCCAUUAUUUAAGCUGCUCGGUCGAAAUCAGGCGUACGAGCUCGCCGUCGGGAUGAACGGCAGGAUAUGGAUCAAGGCGCGGUCGGUUCAGGAGACGAUAGCCGUGGCGAACGCCAUUUUGGCGGCGGAGUACACGGUACCUAGCGAGAUGCAAAAACUCUGCGCCAGAAUCGAGAAGCUUUUACUUCUCAUGACGUAACGCCAGUUCAGGAUGUCGAGGAGAAUUCACUGUUGGAAUUUACUGUUAGCGCGAAGGGGUUGGUUCGAAAGUUCGAUGUUUCUUCCAAAUAAAGUAGAGAAGAAAUUAGAAUCUUCCCUUGUAUGUAGAUCAACACAAAUACAUUUUGAAGCCAAUUCCACCUUGGCAUGCGAAAUAAUAACUACUUGCUGUUUCUUAGUGACGAUUACAUUUAUUGAAUAAUAUUUGUAAUAAAUUCUUUAAAUGAAUCUGGAAGUUUUCUUGAUAAUUCACGUGUAGGACUAUUAUAGAGUGAGACAGUCAUUGUGACAAUCAUUCUCGCGAUGAUCGUAGAUUUAAAUUAUAGGUACAAAUAUUACUAAAAGUGAAAACAACAUGAUUGUACAUGAUACAAGUCAAGGUACAAAACAAAUAUAAUCGACAUAUUUUAGCGAUUAUAGAAGUGAAAAAGAAACUCGCUUCUCGUAGGAAAUUCAAUGUUUAAUUUUGUAUUAACAAAAGAGACUUGAGAUUCGGAUAUUACACAUAUCGAUAUUACACUAAUGAUCGCAAACGGUAUCAAUAUAAGGAUACAGAGUGCAGAGCGCCUCUAAUUACGAUAAUUUCCAUUACAUCUCGCUGAUAUGUGCCUAGUGUAAUGCUCAUCUCAACCCGCUUGAGCCGUGCGCGCGACUAUAUACGAUGUUAUCUGCCGUAACAGUGAAAACAGUGACAGUAUUUGCACUCAAGCACAACCAUUACUUUUAUUUUACAAAAUGUUAUUUCGAAAAAGCAAUGUGUGUCUAAUCCAGAUUACAUAGAAAAUAUCUUUGUACUUGGUGGAAUGUAUUCAUUGCCAUCGCUUUCUAAUCAAUUCUAAAUCAUAUAACCAUGUACGUAAAAAAAACAAUCGUCGGCGAAACAAUCUUAAAAACAUUGCUCC